UGAACGUAUUCUGUUCUCUCUCAAUUCCUUUCUUCACGCAGGGAUCUCACCAGGCUUGCUGCUCUAUUAAACAGCUGGAUGUGUUCAACAGAGCAUGUGAGAUUAAAGUGGAUCCUGACAAACCUCUAGAAGGUGUUCGGCUAGCUGCACUGCAGGCAAGGAAGACUUUGUUGGUUCCCACACCUCGUCUGAGAACUGGGCUGUUCAAUAAGAUUGUUCCACCUUCAGGUGCAACUAAGGAGAUCCUGCGAAUAUGUGCUACGUCUCAAGGUAUAAAAGAAUACAGCGUGCCUGUAGGUCUCGAUGGGAAAGCACGAGUGGACUUGGUUGUUGUAGGAUCAGUGGCUGUCUCUGAAAAAGGCUGGAGAAUUGGAAAAGGGGAAGGUUAUGCAGACAUGGAAUAUGCAAUGAUGGUGUCAAUGGGUGCAGUGCAGGCGGAUACACCUGUAAUUACUAUUGUGCAUGACUGCCAGGUGGUUGACAUAGCAGAAGAUCUUCUUGAUGAUCAUGAUUUAACUGUGGAUUAUAUACUCACUCCCACAAGAACUAUCAAGACUAAUUGCAAACGACCGAAACCUCAGGGAAUAAUAUGGCAUAAGGUCAGCUAUGAGAUGCUGGGAAAAAUCCCCAUCCUAAAGACCCUUCGAUACAGAGAGAAGCAGACUGGCAAGGAUGUUACCGUCCAAGAUGAACAUUCAGACUUGGCAAACGCCAACCCACCAGCAGCAUUAAAUCAGAAGGCGAUGGCUGAAAAUACAAGAUCGCAGGCUGCUAUGGGCUCAGCUCAAAUAGGACAACAUUAUAUUGAAAAUUAUUCUUUAAGUCCCAGAUUAGAGGGAUCUGGCAUGAUUACUACUGUGUAUGUGGGGAACAUACCUCCCAGUGUAAGAGUAAGCGAGCUGAAAUGUGCUAUAAGGGAAUUCCAUGCAACUCCUUUACGACUGGUUUGGCAAGGAGCACAACACAGGGCUUUUCUCGAUUACAAGGAUAAAGCAACUGCAGAGAGUGCUGUAUCCUCUUUGAAAGGCUUGAGCCUGGGGGGUAAUACUUUGCGAGUUGAGCUGGCCAAGAAUCAGAGAAACAAAGGGCAAGUAGAAAUCAAUAGUCAGAAAUGAAUAUGAAUAGAGGAAAAAAAUAGGCGUUUUCCUUGUUUUGUGAGAAGCCAACCUAAGUUUUCAAGGAUAUUAGUGUAUCCUCUGAUUUCUGCAGGCUAAACAAAGUGCAAAGCCAGCUUUCCAAACAAAUGAGGCAUACGUCUCA